CGCCUUUACGGCUCACAUGUCCGGAAGUGGCUCCGAGCUCUGCUUCUGUUUUGUGACAGGAAGAAAAAACCUCCAGAGAAGAAGCCGAAGAGUUGUAGAAGUUGUGCCCGGUUGGUGUGACAGAGGGGCCGGCGGGGUGAUCCGGUGAACCCCCCCGGGGGGCUGAAACAUGGGCCUCCUGGUGAGGAUACGGAAGGAAUGGUUCAUCAUCGGGAUAGUGCUGGUCAUCUUAUCGGCCAAACUGCAGCCCAGCGUCGGUGUCAGAGGAGGUCCAUUGAGGCCAGAGAUCACUAUAGCGUACUUUGCUGUCUCGCUCAUUUUCUUCAACAGCGGCCUGUCUCUAAAAACAGAGGAGUUGACCAGCGCGUUGCUUCACGUCCGGCUCCACCUCUUCGUUCAGUCCUUCACGCUCGUCUUCUUCCCGCUGGCCGUGUGGUUGCUGCUCAAAGUGCUGGCGCUGACUGCCAUCGACCAAUGGCUGCUCAGAGGGUUACAGACGGUGAGCUGCAUGCCCCCUCCGGUCUCAUCCGCUGUUAUUCUCACCAAGGCCGUCGGAGGCAACGAGGCUGCUGCCAUCUUCAACUCAGCGUUUGGAAGCUUCCUGGGGAUCAUAGUGACUCCAGUGCUGCUGCUGCUGUUUCUCGGCUCCUCCUCCUCCGUUCCCUUCUCCUCCAUCUUCUCUCAGCUCUUCAUGACUGUUGUGGUUCCUCUGAUCCUGGGUCAGGUGUGUCGCGGUUUCCUCAGGGAGUAUCUGGAGCGGAGAAAGCCUCCGUUCGGUGCCGUCAGCAGCGCCGUUCUCCUCAUGAUCAUCUAUACCACCUUCUGUGACACCUUCAGUAACCCCAACAUAGAACUGGACCCCACCAGCCUGCUGAUGGUCGUCCUCAUCAUUUUCUCCAUCCAGCUGAGCUUCAUGCUGCUCACGUUUGCCUUUUCAACCAGGUCGGGCUCAGGAUUCAGCCCUGCAGACACUGUCGCCAUCGUGUUCUGCUCCACACACAAGUCUCUUACUCUGGGUAUCCCCAUGUUAAAGAUCGUCUUCGAGGGCUACGAGCAUCUCUCUCUGAUCUCAGUCCCUCUGCUGAUCUACCAUCCGGCUCAGAUCCUGCUCGGCUCCGUACUCGUACCGACCAUCCGCAGCUGGAUGACCAGCCGUCAGAAGUCUAGUCUGUUGUUGAGAUAGGGCCGCAUUCCAACACCACUGACCUGAGCCGUGAAACUAUCAACUCUUCAGCCCAUCUGACGAAACUGAAACAAGUGUUUUGGUAGUUCCGCACAAGUGUGUGUGUGUGUUUGUGCUGUGACUGUGGACUACGGUGAAGGGAUACAGCAGUACGUGCCUUAUUACAACCAAUCAACAGAGACCUCAGCCCGACGGAGGGGACGAAGCGUGCCAGUCACCUCGAUAUUCUCCGUUUCUACGACAACGAAAAAUUCUCAAAAAAUAUUUCCAUCAUAUAUAUAUUCUUUUAUAUUUAAAAGAAUCAAAUGUACAAGUUUAUUUUUAUAUGAAGUACCCAAAAAUUUCUGCAAAAAGAGGACAGCUGUUAUUCGUUUUUUAAGCACACGGAGAGUUUGUUUUGAAAAACAGCACCUCCCAGCAGGAACAGGAAGGAUGGAGUUACUGGGACCAUUCUUUUUUUAUUUCUCUUGCUAUUUUUUCACAUUUUUCUAGUAUCUUUCUUCUAGCUGUCACUGCCAGAAAGUGUGGACGUUUGUUACUUUUAUGCUCUUGAUAGAAACAAAUGAAUGCUGGAUUAUCAGACAUUUAAUAUACAAUUAUAAUAAUGACAGCUGUUUGGAUUUUUGACACUUUCUUAAAAUAACAUUUAUGUUUGUUGUUAAGAAGCAGUCCAGUAGGGACACCUUUGAGGUGAUGGUGUGGAGUUAACAAAUGAUCUAUCCAAAUGAAGGUAUGAUGGGAAGAAUGUUUCAUUUAACACAAUAUCAUAAUCUUUCCUUCUUUUAUGUCUGUAGUCUUGCAUUAUUCACACAUUUCCUUCAUCUGUUUUUAUAUUUUUGUCUGGAUCAACUUGGAUUCAACUAGGACAUUUACAACUUGCCCCAAUAAGGAGGCAGGAUUAUGAUCUGUGCUCUUAUCAAGCAGGUGUUAUCCAGCACAGUAAAAACAUUUUUGAAAUAGCUAAAAUUGCACAAAAUAUGUUGAAAAAAUUUACAUUAUACAUCUAUAUGUAGAUGAUAUCCUGUUUUACAUCUAUGGUAAUGUUUGCCGACAUCGUAUUGAUCACCAAUUACCAUCUCUCAAUGCUCAUAAUGUUAUGCUAAUGAUGUUUCGAAGGUAUGUUUUCCAUAAUCACCAUGCUAACAUUUGCUAAUUAGCACUAAACACAAAGUACAGCAGAAGCUGAUGGUAAUGUCGUUAGUUGUGAAUGUAUUUGGUUAUAAAACAGUGUUGGAUAAAAAGUCAGGGGAUCCCCAAAGUUAUUAUAGUUCAUUCUGAGGUGACAUGUCUGUCCGAAAUUCAUGGCAAUCCAUCCAACAGUUGUUUAGACAUUUCACUCAAAACUACAAUAGCUUGUUUGCCCAUGAUGUAACUUUACUGCGUUCCUGUGGUGCGGGUGGUCAAAAACAAAACAAAAAAGCCUGUUGUAAAUCGUUUUGUUCUCUAAACAAUCAAUCUUAGAAACCCCAAGGAACUUUUUAUCAAGUACCAAAAGUUGUUGACACAAAUUGAAAAAUGAUAGAAUACUGCUUCCGAGUACUUCUGUGGACAGGGCAGCAGCAAAUAGUAGUUUAAGUGUAUGCUAUAUUUAGAAUAUUUUCAUCACUUUAGCUUGCUGUCAGCCUUUUCUGAUGGGGAACUGAAGCACUAUAUCAAUAUCCUCAAAGUCACCAGACUCGUUUAACAAAAACAGUAAUGUUACCUCACAUAACACAGGAAUUGCUGGUCUAACAAUACUUUGUUCUACAGUAACUAACAUUAGUUCGGAUCAAAAUGAACUUGUUAAAACACAAAAGUCACACUAUAACAUUAACUCAUGAAUGCAGCUGUAGACCAGAAACUUUCAUCUUCUGCAAGCUAAGAUUGCUGUUUUUGUCAAAUGAGUCUGGUGGCUUCAGUUCGCCAUCAGAAAGGCCAAGUCUUUAAAUUCAGCUGAUAAUCGCGUCCAACAUAGGUGGUUUUCUGUUUUGCUCUUUCUCUCUAAUAUCGUUUAAACUAGCACCGAACAAACUUUACUCCAUCUUAUCCAUUCUGUCUGUCACUUCCUGCCCUCCAUCUGAAUUUAACGUGUCAUCAGUAUCACGAAAAUUGCAAACAAGCUAUUGUCAAGCUCACAAUGGCACAAGAGGAAAUGACAGGGGACCACCAAAGUCUAUAGGAUUCAUUCUCUGGGAACCAUGAAUGUCUAUACAAAAUUCCAUCGAAAACAUUGUAGUUGUUGAGAUAUUUGACUGGAUGAGUUAGCAAAAAUCACCAAAGUACUUGGGUUUCAUCAUCUGGGUACCAUGAAUGUCUGUACCAGUUGUCAUGGUAAUCCAUCCAGUACUGUAGUUGUUGAGAUAUUUAAGACCAAAGUGGACUGACCAACAGACUGACAUUGCCAUUCAUAUAGCCACGCUACAAGCAAGGAUAAUAAUUAAGGUCUUGAAACAGGGUCGUCGCCUGGUAAUCAAACUGAUUUAGUCAAUGAUUGAGGCAUCUGGAACCCGAUUUGUCCUAUUCAGAGGGAUGACAGUGAAUGUAUCAUCCAUGAAAUACUUAUUCUCAGUCCAUUCAUACAAGGCUCACAGUAUUUUUAGCCAGCGUUGGUCGGUUUGUGAUGUUUUAUGGACCAGACUGUCAAACGCGUAUAUAACAAGGGCUUGUCUUUGCUCAGGGGCUGGUCUCACUACUUAGCCUUACAUCCCUCUGAUGUCAAUUCUGAUUUCCCCAGGACCUUUUUAUGAAGAUAUUUGAGGGCCUCAGCUCUCUGAACAGCUGAUUGUGUUUCUGUUGUAGUAGAGGACAGAAUUAGUAUGUUAACUUUACCAUAAUUUUUUCCUAAAUCUGUCUACUUUAUAGUAGCACCCUGACCAACCAUGGGAAGCUGCUAGUCUAGUGAUCAGGACAUGAUGCCUAACAGGCUUCCCAUUAACAUACACUGCCACUGGAUUGUAACUGUGUGGGACAUCCAACUAUCGUAAUAUUAGCAAUCCCUUUUUCCACAAUCUUACCUUAAAUCUGCAAUAAUUGAAGUUUUUUGGCCACUUGGGGGCUGUGGAAACAAGUUGUGCAAACAACAAUGAUAUAUUAUUGCCUUUUAAAUUAGAAAUACUUAGUAAAACAGUUGUGUAUUUACACAUCCAGCAGUUGUAGAACAAAAUUAUCAUUGAUUUGUAGUCAGGUUUGUGUCCACCUGAUGAAUCUAAGUCCAAUAUUCACUCACUUUUAGCUCAGUUUUUUGUCUCUACCAGCUCCUGAGGGAAAUAUCUGACUCUUUAGCUGCUAAAUGCUCCGUUAUGUUUACCGGUUAGUUGUCUGUCUGCUGUUUGGUGCUGAACAGCAGCAUCUUCAGGCCAAAAAUUACGAUGUGAACCAGAACAGUUAAGUUGUGGACCACAGCGAAAACAGUGAGCUGAAACUCACUACAAAGCUCCAUAAAGCAGAAGGGAGCUGCAUAUUCAGGUGAUGAUUCUUUGUAGGUACAUCACUACAAGUGACAUCUUUCACAUUGUCAUUUGAUAUAUUACUAUAAUGUAAUGUUAUAAAUAAAAAUAUCUGUUAUAGCUGCUUUAAACAGGUGUUUUAUUUGCCUAACCUCAACCAUACCUUAAUCAUAGUCUAUUUGCCACAGCUACAGUCUUUCCUGUAGCUGCCAGGUGAAGAAAGAAAUGAAUUUAAAAACAUUGGCCUUGGAUGUUAAAAGACAUUGUAAUUGAACAUAGUCUUGUUCAAGAAUCUUCAUUGUUAUGUCUGACAAUAGGGUCAGAGAAGCAAAAGUCUAUUUCUUGAAUAACCUUCACAGAAACCUUUUACCAGAAUGUUUGUUGAGAAUGUUACUGAUUUGAUCUACAGACACAAAGAAUGACUUCAGCUCCAUGUUUUCAGCCUGGUUUAUGUAUCUCUAACAAACAGGAGUCAUCCACUGUUACUGUGGAGGUUAUUAAAGCCUCUACAGCGCUAAUGCCAUUUCAUUGGCUGUCCAGUAACAGUUGAGUUUAUAGUCAACCUCUGUCUGUUUACAGUGUUAUUGUUUUGCCAGUAGUAUAUUUUGGGAAGAAAGAUGGUCAACUGGGUAUGUAUGGGUCUGCUCUGCUGCUUGUUUACAUAAGAAGGUAUAAGGAAAUAAACCUACAAACUUUGAAAA